GCGGCGGCGGGGCUGAGAAGGGUGGGGCUACGGGGAGCCGGCAGGGAACGGGGCUAAGGGCUCGGCCUGCGCCCUUCGACCGCCCCUUUCCGCCUGGCCGCUCCGUUCUGCCGCUCCCGGCCCUGCGGGUCGGCCUCGCUGCCCGCCUGGCGGGGCGGGUACCGCAGGACCUGCGAGAGUUGCGCCCCGCGCCUCGCUGCCGUAGCCCCAAGUGUGACCAUAAAAUAUGAAUCUUUGCCUGAUGCAUCAAACUUCUUAAGUACUUCUUCUGUAAAUUGGUCACCCAGCUUCAGCUACAAUGCAACAAGCUUUAGAACUGGCAUUGGAUCGUGCAGAGUAUAUCAUUGAAAGUGCUCGUCAGAGACCUCCCAAAAGAAAAUAUUUAUCCAGUGGAAGAAAAUCUGUAUUUCAAAAACUCUAUGAUUUAUAUAUAGAAGAAUGUGAAAAAGAGCCUGAGAUAAAGCAGAAGCUGAGGCGAAAUGUGAAUUUACUUGAGAAGCUGGUUAUGCAGGAGACGUUGUCAUGUCUGGUAGUGAACCUUUAUCCAGGAAAUGAAGGUUAUUCACUUAUGCUCAGGGGAAAAAAUGGUUCAGAUUCCGAGACCAUUCGGCUGCCUUAUGAGGAAGGAGAGCUGCUUGAAUAUUUGGAUGCAGAGGAGCUGCCACCUAUUUUGGUUGAUCUUUUAGAAAAAUCUCAGGUUAAUAUUUUUCAUUGUGGAUGUGUCAUAGCAGAAAUACGUGACUAUAGGCAGUCGGGUAACAUGAAAUCUCCAAUGUACCAAAGCAAGCACAUUCUUUUGCGUCCUACAAUGCAGACUUUAAUUUGUGAUGUGCAUUCUAUAACAAGCGACAACCACAAAUGGACACAGGAGGACAAACUCCUACUUGAGAGCCAGCUUAUUUUGGCUACGGCAGAGCCUUUGUGUCUUGAUCCUUCAAUAGCAGUGACCUGUACUACAAACAGACUUCUGUACAACAAGCAGAAGAUGAAUACUCGCCCCAUGAAACGGUGCUUCAAAAGGUACUCAAGGUCAUCUCUGAACAGACAGCAGGAAGUAGCUCACUAUUCAACUCCACCUCAACUCAGGCUACUUGACUACUUACAGAAAAGAAAGGAGAGGAAAGGAGCCCAGCAGUAUGACCUCAAAAUUUCUAAAGCUGGAAAUUGCGUAGAUAUGUGGAAACAGAACCCUUGCUACUUGACUGCACCUUCUGAAGUGGACGUGGAAAAAUAUGCCAAAGUGGAAAAGUCUAUCAAGCCUGAUGACUCACAACCAACUGUCUGGCCAGCACAUGAAAUAAAAGAUGAUUAUGUGUUUGAAUGUGAAGUUGGUAAUCAACUUCAGAAAACAAAACUGACCAUUUUUCAAUCUCUUGGCAAUCCCUUGUACUAUGGUAAAAUUCAGACACUGAAAGGUGAUGAGGAAAAUGACAACCUGUUAACUCCAUCACAGUUCCUUAUUGGUUCGAAGACUGAUGCUGAAAGAGUGGUGAACCAGUAUCAGGAGUUAGUGCAAAAUGAAGCUAAAUGUCCUGUGAAAAUGUUUCAUAAUUCAGGUGGAUCAAUCAACCUUAGUCAUCUUUCUCCAGGGAAGGAAAUGGAACAGCCAGAAAGCCUAUCGGGCUCUGUUCAGUCUUCAGUGUUGGGGAAGGGUGUAAAACACAGACCUCCUCCCAUCAAAUUGCCUUCAAGUUCAGGAAGUAGCUCUUCAGGUAAUAUUUUUAGUCCGCAGCAGUCAAGUGGACAUCUAAAAUCCCCAACUCCUCCUCCUCCUCCUUCUAAGCCUGCUGGUCUUUCUCGGAAACAAUCUAUGGAUCUUAAUCAAGUUAGCAUGCUCUCUCCAGCUGCCAUGUCUCCUGCGAGCUCUUCACAAAGGUCUGGAACUCCUAAACCAUCUACUCCUACUCCAACCAACACCCCUUCAUCGACCCCACACCCUCCUGAUGCUCAGAGCUCAACUCCUAUUACCCCUUCUGCCACCCCUACUCCCCAAGAUUCAGGCUUCACCCCUCAGCCCACUUUGUUAACCCCAUUUGCUCAGCAGCAAGUGUCUCUGAGCCAGGCACUGCCUGUAAUGACCAUUCCUCUUUCCACCAUGGUAACAUCCAUUACUACAGGAACAACCUCCACCCAGGUCAUGGCAAACCCUGCAGGACUUAACUUCAUCAAUGUAGUAGGCUCUGUGUGUGGAACACAGACACUGAUGAGUGGCUCAAACCCUAUGUUGGGGUGUAACACUGGUGCCAUAGCCCCUGCAGGUAUAAAUCUGAGUGGCGUUUUACCAUCAGGAGGUCUGGUACCAAGUGCGCUGCCUGCUGCAAUGCAGUCUGCCUCUCAAGCAGGCAGCCCCUUUGGUUUGAAAAAUGCAUCAAAUCUUCGGCCCUUAAAUCUUCUACAGCUUCCAGGUGGUUCACAUAUUUUUAACCCACUCCAGCAACAACAGCAGCAGCAGUCACAGUUUUCUCCACAGCAACAAUCUCAACAGCGUACAACCUGUAGCCUUCAGCAACAGGGAGAACAGGGGUCUGACCAAGGUCCAUCCAAUCAAGAUCAGGCACUAUCUGCCCAACAAGCUGCUGUAAUUAACCUGACCGGAGUAGGGAAUUUUAUGCAACCUCAAGCCACAGCAGUUGCAAUUCUUGCAGCAUCAAAUGGCUAUGGUAGCAGCAGCAGCACAAGCAGCUCAUCUGCAUCAUCAACAGCGUUCAGGCAGUCACUCAAAAAGUAAAAGGAAAAGAGGCACAUCGACCCCUCCAAAACCCUGAGACUUGC